GAGCAUCUCUACUAGGGUUUCAAGUAUAUUGAACAAGAAGGAGAGUUACAGUUACUGAACCUGUAUUUCUUCUUUAUGCACUUCAUUUUCCCUACUUUGACUCGUUCGAUUUCUUCCAUUUGUCUUCCAAAGAAGAAAUAUUAGCAAGACGAGGAGGAGGAGGAGGAGGUGGAGGAGGAGGAGUUCGAGUUCCAUGUUAAUAUUUCUCUUUCUCAUUACUUAUUCGCUGUGCUUCUCUUCGAUUCUUGCUUCCCUAUCCUCUGUCAUGCUUAUUUUCUUCUCCUUCAUCACGAUGCAUUAAAGGUAUCUAAUAUCUGUGUUGCUUUCUCCAGGGCCUUGGGCCCUCUUCUAUGCGCUUCGACGUUUCCUGCAGUUUUUUAUAUAUUGAAGAAAAGAGGGAAGGUAUAGACUGUCAUCGUUUUGCUCAGGAGAAGUGUCAGUUGUGUAGUGGUCGUACACAACUGGAAUUAGUCCAAUAUGGCUGAUGCCAGUCCUAGGACUGAUAUCUCAACGGAUGUGGAUACAGAUGAUAAAUACCAGAGGUCUAAUAGAGGUCAAUCUACUGCUGUUGUGGCUUCCGAUUCAAGUGACAGAUCGAAAGAUAAAACGGAUCAGAAGACUCUAAGAAGGCUGGCACAAAAUCGUGAGGCUGCUAGGAAAAGCAGACUGAGGAAAAAGGCAUAUGUCCAGCAGCUGGAGAGUAGUCGUUUGAAGUUGACCCAACUGGAGCAGGAGCUCCAGAGAGCACGGCAGCAGGGUAUUUUCAUAUCAAGCUCUGGAGACCAAGCCCAUUCAAUUGGUGGAAAUGGGGCCAUGGCUUUUGACGUAGAGUAUGCACGAUGGCUUGAGGACCAAAAUCGGCAUAUUAAUGAAUUGAGAUCAGCAGUCAAUUCUCAUGCAAGCGAUACGGAGCUCCGGAUAAUUGUUGACAACAUAAUGGUUCACUAUGAUGAAAUUUUUAGGCUAAAGAGUAAUGCAGCAAAGGCUGAUGUAUUUCAUUUAUUGUCGGGCAUGUGGAAAACACCUGCUGAGAGGUGUUUCUUAUGGCUUGGUGGCUUCCGCUCGUCUGAGCUUCUCAAGGUGACAUCCAUUUCCAAGUUCUAAGUGGCUUGUGAUUAGUUUUAGGGAAAAUACUAAAGUUUUAAAGAGGUUUAGUGUCAACUACAAAAAUGAGACUUCAUUCUGAAAUCUAAAAUAACCGGACUUGUCUUAUUAUUAUUAUUUUGAAUAAGAGAAGACGCUUAUUAAACCGAACUUGUCUUAUUGAAACAUUUACUUAACAAAAAUGCCAGUUACUGUAAAGACUGUGAAUGACUCGUAAAUCGACUAAGUUAUCAUUUCUUGGAUUUUUUCUUGGAUUUUCUCUAUUAUCUUCUCUCUCUCCUCCCUUUCAUCUAUAACACAUUUUCUUUCUCCCCUCUCCUUGCUUCUUUAAAAUGUACACCGAUUGCGCAUGUUAUUUAUCUUUUGUAAAAUUGACAAUCUGGAGAUUCAUCCUUUGGAUUUUAUUCACACACUGGCAAAACUUGGUUCUACUCUUGGGACAUAGCUGUAGGAGAAGUUCAGUAGUCUUCAAGAUGGCUAUUACAUCCAUGGGCAACAUUCUAUUGUCCUGUUUGAUGUUAUUUCACCCUUGACCUUUCUGUUAUAUAUUAUCCAUUGUCUUUCAAAACUGCAAUGAGUUCCCAUCCGGAUUUACUUACCAAGUUACCUAUUUUCUUUUUUCUCCUAGUUUGUGAACAAUCUGUUUACUGGUAGCUUAGGUUUUGAGUGUUGAAAGCACACCUGCCAUAAAAAGUACAGGAAAAAGACCAUUAGGUUAAACUCUAAAAACUAAAAUGCCCUGUGUUUUCUUGUUUAAAUUAUUUUUGGAGUUGCAGAAAUUUUUGUUUUAGAUGAGGGUCUGAGUUGUGUAAAAUAAAUAUAGACGCAAAAUGUAGUGUCUUAUGUGAAGGAAGUCAAUGCUAAGCAUGGCAAAUCACCAAGCCCCUUUGGCUUGGUAGUAAAUCUCACCAUAUAGAGGUUAUGUGAGUGAGCUUUUGGGUUCUGUAGCCAAUUUCCACAAGGGCUGUGGUCCUUACGCAAAAAUAGCAAUGAGCCAGAAGCAGCACAAUUAAAGAAGACAGUAGGGAGAGGAGCUUUUCAGAAGAAAAAAAAAAAAACAAAAGAGAAUAAGGCGAAGCUGGUAUAUUUUUAGAAGCCUUAAAUAAUGGAAAGAACCUAUAAUCCAAAGAAAAUGUCUUU